AUGCCUCGCACGCGGGCUCAGGCCAACGCGCAAGAGGCCAAAUCACCUCUUGUGAUGCUUGAGAACGCUCCACGUCGUAGGAGAAAGACCACUGUUGAGUCUCCGACCAAACCAUCCGCUGAUACUAAAAAAGCUACGGAGCCGAAGACAAAGCGUGGUCGUAAGCCCACGCAAAAGGCAGAAGUUUUAGCGACAGAAACCACGGCCGAAGAGAACACUCGGAAUAAAAGUGAGAUUGAAACCCAAGAACCUAAACCCAUCCACUCCCCUACCCAGAACCUUCAGGAACCCAUUAGGACCCCGGAUAUUACCGCACAAAUCCAACAAGAACCACACAUUGUUCAACCCCCACAGGAGACCUCUACAGCACAAGGCACUCAGGCAGCAAAGGACAACGUUUCGACUCCGACUCCUACUUUCACCACACCUUACCCCGGGUUCGAUACUUCAUCCCUCGCCACGUUGGGAAGCACACCAAGCUUCUCUUCAGCAGCAAAGAAGCGAUCAGUGAAGAGGGCAUUCCUUGCCGUCAAGGAGAAACUGAAGAAAUCAGCCCAGGCGCUCAAAGAUAGAUUUGAGAACGCGAAGGACAUCAUCGAACAACAUGGAAGCCCAUCUCAAGUACCCACCACUUCUCAUGACGAUGUCGAUACGACUUACUACCUUUCUGAUGAUAAAAUUAUCGAGGCCAGUCUGGAAGUACUCCUUCACCGUCUCCAAACCGAUCGUAUUGAGCUGAAUCGAUUCCUGCAACGAUCUCUCCGUUGUCCUUGCUGCCGUGGUGCCUUGAAGCUGGAGUGCCCAAAAGGCCAUGAUGUUGAAUCAUGGAUUCCUGAUGAAGCGAAGGAAGAAUUGAACACUUUGCUAAUAUCUUUAUGUUCGGAAGCAUUAGUCGCCGCCCAAGAGGCUAGAUCAGAACGCCUUCGAGCCGAGAAGGAGGCCGAAGGAAAAGCCGCACAAGAAGCCGAAUCACAGCUUAAAACCUCCCCCAAAGAACAAAACACUGGACUUUCUGCAAAGCAGAAGGGCAAGAAACGAGCUAGAGACAUUAAUGAUGUUUCUAACAAUGCACCGAAGCGGCGACGCCGUCCCAUGGCAUCUUCUGUAGCCCAGAAGAAAGCUCGCGCGGGCCGCACCCUUCGCAAUCGUCGUACUUUUGGUCGCAACCUCUCUUACGCCGAGACGGUACGACAACGCGCCAUGGAAAGAAAGAGGGCAAGAGCACAGCCUUCAAUGUUUCAAUUAGACGAAGCUCAGCUUCAAGAGCAAGCAAAAGCUGCACAAGCCGCCGAGGAAGCAGCAGGGGAGGAAGCUCGUAAUGCUGCCACACGAGCAGCUAUGCAGCAGCAUAUGGUAUCAGGAUCAAUUCCCGAAAACAUGCAAGAUUCCUUUUACAUUCCUGCACUCGAAGACGAAGAGGAAUCCGAAGAGGAAGAUGAGGCAGAUGAGCAAAAUGAGGAAAAUGAAGAAACUGAUGUGACUGAACCAAUCCAAACUCCCAGCUCGAACACCUGGGGAAUUCGAACUUUCUUCAGUUCCGUGACUGGCUCUGUGCGGCGUCGGCUCCCGUUUGUGGGAAGAGCUCCCGACCAAGCUGUUCCCUUCGCUGCUGGUGGUGGUGGCGAGACACCAGUGCAAGCUGAAGGUGCAACAGAUGGUCCAACGAAUCGUGAAGCAGGCCCGUCCGCACAAAUAAAUGACACUCAGAAUAGUCAAGAGAUCGAAUUGACAUAUAGCUUGUUUCCUCCAUCCCCCGUUCUCCCCACAAUUGCUACAUCCGCAUCGUCGUCGGAAGAGCGAGCAAAUGUUGACGAAGAACGUGGCAAAACAGCUACUACCGACCAAGAGACUGUGCAGGCCCCAGAAACAGAGACUAAUACCAAUGUUCUAAACGGGGAACCCGAGAAUACUGAUGACCAAGCAGAACCAUCCGCAGGACGCAACAAGCGCAAGCGUUCACCUUCUCCCGACGUGAUUCCUAACCCACCUGGCUGCAGUUACGGGAUGGAUUUAGAUUAUUUUACUUACUCCGAUGAAGAAAUUGCAGAACAAGAAGAGUACGAAAGACGUGAGCGUGAACGUGAAGCUGCAGCCGCAAACUCUCAGGCUUCCGAAUCCACCACCCAGCCGCCAGAGAAGAGAGCGCGGCUCUCGUCGAACGUCCGUUCGACGAAUACGAGCACUGCCCCCCCGGCCGGAACCAAUUGGCCUCCAAUUCCCCCUGGUUGGGAACGCCCAACCACUACAGUUUACACUGGGGAAAUGUUCAGGGGUAUGAGACACCACCAAGCACCCGCUUUUCCAUCCUACCCUUCCCAGGAAUCCCAAAUUGCACUCAGCCCAGUGGACCCUGGACAUAUGCAACUCAUACCUAAGACCCCUCCUUCACCUCAGGCAUUUGAUCUGCGCAGAAUGGCAUUUGAACAACACUUUAGAGCUCGCGCCUUGGGAGAGAACAAUUAUGUUAACAAUAGUUCAGGAAAACAUCCAUCCGUCCAAGCCCCCGCCCAGCAACCUGUUUCACCACCCGCGCAAGCCAUUUCGCAGCCAACACGUGAAGAACCUACCCUAAAUCUCGCACAGCAGCCUGCGACACCUGCACAAAGUAAUAGUGUCACUUCGCAGCAGUCUCACGAUCGCCACAAUUCCAUCGCUGCUAGAACGAAUGUCAGCGAAGAAACGAUUCAUUUACCCCCUAUCAGACCCAUGUCUGCGGCUGCCAGGGAACAGCCUGUUACAGAAAGGAGCAAGCCCAAAAACCCCAGCCGUCUCCGCAACCGAGUCCGGCUUUCAUCUAGCCCCAUACAACGCAGCCCAAUUCGCCAGCCUGCAACGCAUCAGCAGAACCAGGAAGACCUGAUGCAAAUUUUUGGCAAUGACGAGUUUGGACUCCAGUCCUAUGAGGUUUUUCAGAGCUGCCCAAGUGGUGAUCUGACCCAGGUGCAGUGGCCUGAGUUCGACCCAUUUGUAGUCGAUAUCCCAAAACAAGCUAUCGAUAUAACCACUAUGAGCGAGGAACAGCGCAGAAUUAAUCGUGAGUUGUUCCAGAUGGGUGCUCAAGAGCUUGACGAUGAGAUCGACCAAGGCUUGGUUGAUCCACAAGACAUCCUCAAUGAGUUGCCACUGUAAUUACGAGAACAACACAUUGACAUGUCAUUAUUUCGGGAUUGAUAUGACAUGAGAGGCCUCGUUCGCCUCACAUAUUAAAAGAAAAGGACGUUUUUGCAAAUCCUUACGAAGUCGAUGAAUGAUCGUGUGAUCAAAGCAAUGCAUUGGAGUUUUGCGUGUCCGGACAUGUUUUUUGGGGUUUGUUAUGCGAGCAAUAAGGUUAUUAAUCAUGUAUGGGUCAAAAGUCAUUUUGUCUUCUUCCAGGUUUAAUGUUUUUAUUAUAAGAGGCUGGUUCCUCUAACAUUCUUGUCAAUAAUUGUUUACCCAGCAAGUUCAAUCAAUCAAUAUAUGAGUCAUCUCUC